AUGAAUUUCCUAUUUCAGGCUCGAUUGAGGGCAAACGCGAUGGCCAUCUCCACGGAAUUCAUCACAACGCCCUUCUACUUGUGUCGCGGCAUCAACGCCGGAAAUCGGGAACAAGUCAUCCACGCGUUGAAGAAUUGCAUUAGAUGCAAGUCGAACGAUACUCGCAUAGAGCUGGCGAUGGCACCGGCCGGUCACUGCCACAAGCUGACGUUUUCCUGCCUGCAUUGUGGAAUCCGCACGGAUCUUGCCGAGACUGACACGUAUUCUGUCGAAGACACCCCUCCGGAACCUCUCGAUGCGCCAUCUGCCGGCUUUUCCCAAGAAGACGUCGACCUACGCGCCAUCCCACAAAUCCCACUGCAGUCGGCCAAUCAGAGGAUCCAGAUGAACCUCCCUGGGGCGAGGGCUCGCCUAGUCGGCCACAAGGCCUUCGACCAGGAUGGUGUGUUGGACGAGAAGAAGCGGGUCUAUUUGACGAAUCGGGUGAAACGAAGAAGAGCCGAGCGCCAACGACAACGGGAUGAACGCGUGGCGCAGCUUGGCCCGGUUCUUUAUCGCUGGCGUGUUAAUUUGGCGAAGGGCGGCACAUGGAAAGAGAUUCUCGACCUUUGCCGCAGCCAAACGCAACCCAGCGGUUACAACAUGAAAAUGCUGAGCGACUUCUUCGAGGCGCAUCUGAUUCACGAAGCGGGGAACGCGCCGUCAAAACAACAACCCGACCCGCUACAACUGGAAGCCGCCAAUCUAUGGCUAGCCAAGGAGCGCGCCGAGUGCACGAAGGAGUUCCAGGAACAGUUUACGGCUAUUUGUGCGGCGGACCAGCAACGGAACCCACGCCCUGCGCCCGCCUCGCCCUUCCUCCGCCCUCCCCCAAAUCGCGUUGGGCUG